AUGAUGUACGUGCAUCAUUUGGAGUGUGACUGAUAGCACGGUGACACAACUUCUGAUAAUGUUUUGAGUAAAGACUUCACAACUGUCAACGGCUGCUUGUCACCGAGAACAGAGCUGGGUUUUUUUUCCAAGAUGGCCACCAUCGUCUUUUGCUCUUUAAGUAAAACGGCCGGAACUACCGUGAGACAAUGUUUGAUUUCACAUUUAAAGAGUCAUGCUAGUGCAAGAGAGCUGCACUUGUCGCUACCCUCCACUCACAGCCUUUCGCCGUCUUUGCUUCCGGGAAGGAGAUGGUUUUCCAAGGGUUCCGGCGUACGGUUCAUGUCCCAAGGGACCGCAGGCAGAUCACAAGCCGGGCGAACCAGAAGGGGAGCCCUGGCGCUCAGCGGAGCCGCAGCAGUGACGGCAGCGGCGGCAGUAGCAGGCUUUUUAGCCAACGCUCACCACCUCCAGCGUGCUGAAAUGGCAACGAAAGUAUUCCAACCCAUUGAGGAGAAGGAGGAAGAGGGGGAUAUCUUGGAGAGAUGUCGGGGCUUCAUGUCUGCUCCGGUGACCGACGUCCGUGUGCUGCAGGAGAGGAAGGGAGAGAUGAGUACUCGGAUGGAGAUGCUGAUCAUGGAGACGCAGGCCGCGUUUUGCAAAGCCCUGCAAGAGGUGGACGGUGGGACCUUCAAGGUGGACAAGUGGCAGAGGAAGGAAGGCGGCGGAGGAAUCAGCUGUGUGAUGCAAGAUGGAAAGGUGUUUGAGAAGGCAGGGGUCAACGUGUCCGUGGUGUCUGGAUACCUGACAGAGGAGGCGGCCAAGCAGAUGAGGAGCAGAGGGAAAGUCCUCAAAGGGAAAGAUGGUAAGCUGCCAUUCUGUGCCAUGGGUGUGAGCUCUGUUAUCCACCCCAAGAACCCUCACAUCCCCACAGUUCACUUCAACUACAGAUACUUCGAGGUCGAAGAGGAAGAUGGCUCUAAGCAGUGGUGGUUUGGUGGAGGCACAGACCUGACUCCAGUUUAUAUCAAUAAAGAAGAUGCCUUUCACUUCCACAGCGUCCUGAAGGAGGCCUGUGACAAGCACCACCCGCAGUACUACCCCGACUUUAAGAAAUGGUGUGACAGAUACUUCUAUGUCCGGCACAGAGCAGAGACUCGGGGUAUAGGGGGGAUCUUCUUCGACGACCUGGCCCCCCCGAGCCAGGAACAGGCAUUCAACUUCGUCAAGAGUUGUGCCCGCACUGUGGUACCCUGUUACCUGCCUAUUGUCUACAAACACCUUAAUGACUCCUUUACUGAUGAGGAGAAGGACUGGCAGCAGGUACGACGAGGCAGAUAUGUGGAGUUUAACCUGGUGUAUGACCGAGGAGUGAAGUUUGGCUUGGCCACGCCUGGUUCCAGAAUUGAGAGCAUUCUCAUGUCCCUUCCCCUCACUGCCAGAUGGGAAUACAUGCAUGAGCCUGCCAAAGGUUCCCGGGAGGCGGAGAUGCUGGAGGUGUUACGAAACCCCAAGGAGUGGGUGUGACUGGGGUAUUGAGUGUUUUCUAAUGGUGCGACCUGUUUAUUAUCAGCAGCAGUUAAUGUUGUCUUUACCAAAACUUCAUGAAAUUGCUUUGCACUUG